AUGGCGAGCCAGGAGAAGCCCACCGCACCCUCGCCAUCUUCUCCGCCGCCGCCGCCCCCUCAGCCGCCGGCGCCAGAGGGAGCCCCUCGAAUCCGGGGGUUCGGCGGGGGCGCGGGGGGCGGCGGGUACCCUAACCCGCCCGACGGGGCGCCGCCGGACGCGGCCACGCUGCGGGAGCAGUGGCGGUACGCGGUGCGGCAGUACAGCCGGAUGUACUCGCACGCCUGGGGCACCGCCAUCCUCGCCGGCGCCGCCUUCUUCGCCCUCGGCUGGCUCGUCAAGGGCUCCAACCCCAUCCCGUCCCGCGGCGACGCCCAUGCCCUCAAGGACGGCAACGAGGAGAAGAAGUGACUGUUGGUAAAGGUGCUUCACCUCCCACCUGUGUUAAAGCUAGAGGAAAGCUGGAAGUGAAAUCCUGCAUGGUGCAGAGUGAUCAGCUUUGUGUUCUUCCGUGCUGUAUGUUUUCUCAAGUCUGCAAAUUAAGGGAACUCGGUUUUUCCUAUAACCUGUAAGUGAAGCUCUAGAGUAUAUCUUGUAAGUACACCAAGAUGUUGGCGGGUUCAUAUAAUAAAAGAGUUGCUUCAUAAUGUUCUUUUAAAAUAGUGUAGUCUAACAAAUGAUCAUUUCUGAUCUGAAUGUAUAGAAAUUUACAUCUAUAUUCAGAAUCUACACAGCAGAUCUAUUACAAUCUGACAGCUGUAAGAACUUCGUCUUGAUUUUGCAUCGAUUGCUUUUAGAAAUAA